AUGUCCUCCUCCCCUGUUAUUUCUGCACCUCCUCCAGUUGGAGUCUCUAGUCCCGUUCAUUUCGAGAAAGUGUUGGGGGUGCCUGCUGAUAUUUUCGCCAAGCAAUCUAUCCAGGAUCAUGAUGAUGCUCCUCAUGUCACCAAGCGCCCUUACUAUGACAAUGAUCAUAGUCGGAUAAUGGGCCCCAUAAACCCCAAUCAAUCAUCAUUUGAAGAAUCUUGUAGUGGUGGCCAACGCUGUGCUACCCAAUCACUUCCAAAGGGCCUCCCCCCGCCCUAUCAACUAGGAGGGCAUGUCCCUACUGCUCUGGAACACCGUUUCAUGACGAAGAAUCUUCUGAAGUGCAACGAGGUUGAUCUUAGCCUGGUAGAUGUUCAUCAGGGCAAAGAGAUCUUCAAAGAAAGCAUGAAGGCUAUGCCUGAUGACACUCGUUUACGGGCUCUCGCCGCAGCUUGGGAGCUCGAAUCAGCCGAGAAACACGCAGUACUUCUUCAAGCCAUUUUCAAGAAUUAUGCUAAACAAUAUGCUGAAAGCAUGAUAGAGGCUUCCUAUUUCGAAAGGGUUUUAGUCAAACGUUCCUUGCAGCAGCUUGAAGAUGACGCAGACUUCACUGUGACUAUGUACAGUCAUGAUUUCGCUGCCUAUCAAGUUGCAGACUUGCAACUUGAUUAUCUGGAGGAGAUAUGUGCUGAGCGGAAGUUGCCUCUGGAGGACGAUGACUCGGAAGAUGCUGAAGAUCACUUGAAAGCACGACACGGUAUCGUCUUGCGAGACAGUGAUGGACCUACCGACAUGAGUCGAGAGGAGCUUAUAGACGGGGAAGGAGGCUUUGAAGGCGUGGAGUCUCGCUGGCUCGAGAGUGUUUCUGAAAAUGAGAAGGGUGUCUCAGCAUGGUCCUUUGAGCCAGACUACGAAACUAUUAAUUCACCUUUGGUUCAUGCUUGCAUGGAAAUCACUUUCCUUCCCGAUCCUGCAUCCGCCUCGCGCGUGCAGUCAAAUUUACCCCUACCCAAAUUGAACGAGGUCUACUAUUGGGAAAUCAAGAUGUUUGAUCUUCCCGAAACUACUACAGUUGCCGUUGGACUGGCCACCAAACCCUACCCACCUUUCCGACUUCCAGGUUUAAACCCUUUCUCCGUCGCUUACCACUCCAACGGUGGCAAGUGUUACAAUUAUCCCUUCACUGCAUCACCAUUCGGUCCUCUACUCAAAGGGGAUGUUCCUGGCAUUGAUUAUUGUCCUCGCCCAAAAACCUCUGAACUCUACAAUGAAUUCUACUCAUCCUCCCGUACUAGUCGCACUGGGCCAGCAGGUCUGGUAGUAGCGUUAACGCUCCUCCUGAACGGUAUACCAGUUCGUAUCAUUGACAAAGACCCUAACCCUCGAAUCGGACAGCGUGGUCCUGGAAUCUGGAAGUCAACUAAACCCGUCCUCACAAUCCGUUCCUACAAGCACGGGACAAUGGAAUUUGCGACAGAAUCUUUGGUGACCUGGCAUGUGGAACCUACCCCUACGAUACCAUUCCACAUUCCAAAGCUGAUAGGUCAGCAACUCCUAGAUGUGAUUCUGCGACGUCACCUAGAGAAAUUUUCGUGCUCUGUCGAGAUGGGCACAGAACUGCGUUCGUUCGAGCAGUCUGGUGAAGGUAUCACGACUGUUCUAGCAAAGAACGGCAUAUUGGAGACUUUCGAUACCAAGUGGAUGGUCGGCGCUGAUGGUGCUAAAGGCGUCGUGCGCAUACAGCUUGGGCUUACAUUCUUGGGCGAGACUAGAGAUGAUAUCCGAAUGGUCAUGGGAGAUAUUCGUUUACAUGGUGUUGGUCUUGACAGAGCGUAUUGGCACCGGUUUGGGACCAUUAAGCGAGGACCUCUCAUGUUCAACUCCCUCACAGACGAGAUUGGUGUACCUGCUGUGCUUUGGAUUUUCUUCGGCUAUUCAAUUCUUGGUACUGGUACUCUCGUGCUUCCCUUUUACCUGAGGUCGCUGGUCGGGACCCGAUGUGAUCCUCGAAGAGGAGCUGACGGAGCAGCACCGUUCAGCGCACUCCUACUGGCGCAGUAUGGCGAAGAAUACAUGAGGAUAGCAUCUGAUGAUGAUAUCAUUGCACAAGAAUUGGAUACUUUCGAUGUUGCAAUGUCAACGGAAGAUGCUUGUGAUAUCACUGCGGUGCCUGAGCAUGGCCAGAAUGAUCUAGCGGACUCUGGUCAACAUCCUUCUCAACGCACGUCUAGGCCAGCCCUGAGAAAUUUUGUCGAUAUUCUGCCUGCCGAUGAAGAUAUCAACCUUUCAGAUUCCCCUGGGGAUUAUCCGUCUCGUGUGACCGAAACUCACAAUUCACCGCCCCGCAGAAUUCUACGAGUCUUAUUGACGCUGCGUGAUUCUCUUCAAACAGCAUUCAACGUUAUCGGACUUUGUCGACAAUAUCCUAGGUGCCCCUCAUUCGAACCCGAUAAUUACGUCCCAUCUACACUGCUAGCUGAUUCCUGUCCAAUGACUAUUGGCACAGAUAUUCAAGGGCCCGAUUCAUCUUCUAGAGUCUCUGUACCACCUCAUCCUUUUUCCAAUAUGACAGUCUAUCGUCUGAUGACAUGGAUGAAUUCCGGCAGUCAUCAAAAAUCCGAGGCCGAAAUCACGCGUCUUGUUAAAGAUGUUAUUCAAGCGAGAGACUUCAACCCCAAGGACCUGGAUGGAUUUUCGGUAAAGAGAAGUCUGCGUGCAUUGGAUAAUAAUGGAAAAAAGGGGCCUGUUAUUUUUCCAGAUGACUGGUUAGAGAAGGACGUCGCGCUUGACAUACCUUCCAAAUCAAAAGACGACCAGGCCAGAUCAUUAAACAUUUCGGGAUUUCACUACCGGCCGCUUAUAUCAGUGAUCUGUUCCGCGUUCGCUGACAUUCAAGCCAGCGCGUUCCAUCUUUUCCCCUUCAAGCGUCUAUGGAAGGAUCCGCUGGACGGUCAUCAAGAACGUGUAUUUGAUGAGCUAUAUACCUCCGACUCCUGGUUAGAAGCUCAGGAAGACCUGUAUAAACAGCCGAAAGAACCUGGCUGCUCACUCGAACGCGUUAUCGCUGGACUGAUGUUUUUUUCGGACGCAACUCAUUUAGCCACCUUCGGAACGGCCAAGGCUUGGCCUCUUUAUCUGUAUUUCGGAAAUUUAACUAAGUAUGCACGCUCGGCACCCAAAUCUGGUGCAUGCCAUCUUGUGGGAUUCUUACCUUCUCUUCCGGAUAAUAUAAAGGAUGUCUUCAGCAGCUUGCCGCGUAUAUCAAAAAGCGGCAUGGCAGCCCUUCAUGCGCAUUGUUGGCGAGAUCUAUUCCAUGCGUGUUGGAAACAUCUGUUAGACGCAGAAUUCCUUCAUGCAUACCGUCACGGAAUCGUGCUCCGGUGUCCAGAUGGAAUAUUUAGAAGGGUAUUUCCGCGCAUAUUUACUUACUCGGCUGAUUAUCCGGAAAAGGUUCUUAUAGCGACAAUCAAGGAUAUGGGUGCUUGCCCAUGUCCGUGCUGUCUCAUGCCGAAAGUCUCGUUCGAUUUCCUUGGUUUGUGGAAAGACAUGCAAGAUCGCGUCACUACCCUCAGGACCUACUGUUUGGAAAGGAUAAUUCAGGCCCGCGGAUUCAUCUAUGGAGGAAAUACUGUGAAUGGGUCUAAGGUGCAGGCGACUGUUGGAGGAGGCUCGUGGGUGCCGACUGUAAACGCAUUUGUAGAAAGGCUUGCACCACUCGGAUUCGACGCUUUCCGCAUGCUUGUGGUCGAUUUUAUGCAUGAAUGCGAGUUAGGUACAUGGAAGGUGCUGUUUACGCACCUCAUCCGUCUACUUUACGCGCUCCCCGGCGGUGAUCGCCUAGUUGCAAGUCUUGACUAUAGAUUUCGCCACAUCCCAUCGUAUGGUAACGGUGUCAUCAGGAAAUUUUCGGAUAACACCUCGGAAAUGAAACGCCUCGCAGCACGGGACUUUGAGGACAUUCUGCAGUGUGCGAUGCCAGUCUUCGAGGGGCUUUUUCCAGCAGAGCAUGAUGCUAUUGUACAAUUACUUUUAUACAGAUUUGCUCAAUGGCACGCUCUCGCCAAACUAAGGAUGCAUUCUGACGCGACUCUGUCAGUACUCGAGAGGACAUUCCAGAGGCUGUCCCGUCAGUUGCGUAAGUUCCGGGAUUUCACAUGUGCUGCUUUCUCUACCGUGGAGCUACCGAAAGAAAGGGCUGCAUGCGAAGGCUCAAGUUCUGACAACGCGGGUGCUGGAAGUGGCGGCAGAAAGGUCAAAAAAUUUAAUUUGAACACUUACAAAUUUCACGCCAUGGGGGAUUAUCUGCGAUCGAUCCGGCUCUUUGGAACGAUCGACUCCUUUACAUCGCAAAUUGGAGAGUUAGCGCAUCGAGCACUGAAAGCAUUCUAUCCCUUGACCAAUAAAUUAGAUACCCCGGCUGAACUCGCUAAGCACGAGCGCCGUCGACGAAUCCUUCGGCGAGUGGCAGAAGCAGAACGUAGUCCAUGUGCUUUGGAACAGCAACCAGUCAACUUGCCUGCAGGGAUCAACAUGAAGGAUCAUCACUAUAUACCGAUGCUAAGCCGCAACAAUCCCAUAGAUAUAUUUCAUUUUCUUCGAGAUCAUGACAAUGAUCCAGCUGUAGCAGUGUUCAUACCAGAACUCAAAGACCACGUACUGUACCGACUUCGAAACUUAGACGUCACCUAUUGUGACCAUACCUUCUCCGACGAUGAACAUAAUUCAGUUAUCAUCUCAGACAAUAGGCUAUACUCCGUCCAAACGAUGCAGGUUCAUUACACGACUUAUGAUAUUCGGCGAGAGUAUGAUACCGUCAAUAUUCGGACACACCCCAAUGUUAUGGUUUUAUCUGGGGAAACAAGGCCCCGACAUCCAUACUGGUAUGCCCACGUUCUGGGCAUCUACCACAUGGAUGUGUGGCUCAAUAGCGAAGGUCCGAUCAAAAGGCGUCAAAUUGAGCUUCUUUAUGUCAGAUGGUUGGCGCCAUUGACCAACCACCCGUCAGGGAUGAGCUGUGCUCGACUUCCGAAGAUCGCUUUCGUCGAAGAGUCUGACCGCGACGCAUUUGGGUUUCUCGACCCCGGUCAAGUCAUCCGAAGUGCCCAUUUGAUUCCAGCUUUUUCUUCUAAUCGCGGAACUACAUCCCUUUGCUAUGGAAAGUCCUUCGGACGUCAAUUUGGUGAAUUGGAUGACUGGGAGGGAUACUAUGUUGGCAUAUUCGUCGACCGAGACAUGUUCGUGCGAUACACGCACUAUGGAAUUGGACAUCCUACUGUCCUACGGGAGAUCACAAGAGACUGUGCCAAAGUGGAGCUCGCGGAUACCCCGGAAUCAGAGGAGGAUAAUGACGAUGACGACUUGGAGAGUGAAAUUCAACCCGAGGGCGAUGAUGGAGGGGAGGAAGAAGGUUAUGACAGCGAAGAAGAAGACGAAGACAUGGACGCACAGGAGAAUGACGGAGAGAUGGAAGACGGUGAAGACGAGAACGAGAACGGGAAUGAGUAUGAGUAUGAGUAUGAGGAAGACCGUGACAGCCUAUCUUUCUGA